CACCAACUGUCAAAAUCAGUUGUGGACGAGAGGUGAAAGGUUGUCGAAACUCGAAACAAGUUUCGUAAAACCUAGUUUUAUCAGUGAUAUUGUGUGAAGUGGCCGAACGUGUGUUACAGUAUUAUAGGAAAUCUGUACAUAUGUUUCAAAAGUUAUAAAUAACAGCCUGUCAGUUAAUAAAAAUCAUCAAAUAUGUUUAAAUCAUUACUCAAUUUGGUUGUUGUGAUAUUAUGUUUUGCAUCUGUAAACACGAAAAAACGACUAAAGUUUUACGAGGAAAAGAAUAUCCAUGAAGCGCAAGAACUGACCGACCAGAAUGUGAGAGACUUAGCAGCACUAUCUGAUAUGACACAUUUCAGACAAGUCCUAGACGAGAUCCUGGUACCAAGAGUAGUUGGCACACCAAACCAUGACAAGGUCGGCAACUAUAUAACCCAACAAAUGAGGGAUUUAGGCUGGGAUGUUACGGAAAAUGUCUUCUCAGAUACAACUCCUGUCUUCGGGACCUUGAACUUCAAGAACAUUAUCGCCAAGUUGAACCCUGAUGCUGAACGGUUUUUGGUCCUUGCUUGCCAUUAUGACAGCAAGUAUAUGAGGGAACAUGUGUUUGUUGGUGCAACGGAUUCAGCAGUACCGUGCGCCAUGAUGAUAAACCUGGCCAAAGUGAUGUCUGCCCAAUUGGAUCCCCUCAAGAACAACCGUCUAAGUCUCAUGUUCAUAUUCUUCGACGGAGAAGAGGCUUUCAGGCAAUGGGGGCCCAACGACUCCAUCUAUGGGGCCCGCCAUCUGGCCAAGAAAUGGCACGGGACGGAGUAUAAAGAUGGAGCGAAUGAACUGCAGAGAAUGGAUGUCCUAGUCCUCCUCGACCUACUAGGCGCACCCGACCCAGUAUUCUUCAGCUACUUCCAGUCUACAGAGAAGUGGUACGUCCGUCUAGCUGUCGCCGAACAGAGACUGGCUGAGCUGAACCAGUUCGAGGCCUACUCUAGGGGGAAGGUGGAACAGACCUACUUCAGGCUCAGGAGUUCUGGGGCUGUUAUUGAAGACGAUCAUAUACCGUUUAUGAGGAGAAAUGUGGAUAUCCUACACGUAAUACCAUCGCCGUUCCCGUCCGUGUGGCACACUCCAGGCGACAAUAUGGCGGCACUAGACUUCAAAACUAUUGAGAAUCUCAACAAAAUAUUCCGAGUUUUCGUCGCCGAGUACCUUCACAUACAGCCUAAGUAGCGCCGAUAUUACUCAGGCAAGAUAUUUAGCUAAUAUUGUAAAUCUGGAAUCGUGGUACGAAAUAUUGUAUUUAUAGAUAGAUGAACUUUAAGCGUUUACGUACAAUUUAUGAAAUAUCAAAUGUAUUGAAACAAUGAAAUAAGGCUCUUCCACACAAACGAGAUAUUUACACGCGUAAAAAACAUAUACAUAUAAGGUAUCAUAAAAGGAGUCUAGUAUACUGUAUACAACCUACCAUAGACGUAGUUAUGCAGAAACGUUCCAACCCACAAGUCACCCGAAAUCGAGUUAUUGUGAUUGAACAGCCUAAAAUUUAGCAUAUGGUUAUCUAAACUCAAUAUAAUUCAACAAUAAAACCUCUAGUAUAUACCUUUACUAGUUAGAAUAAAAAAGAAUACAACUGAAACGCGUAAAUGCUUAUAUCUCAAAUUCAACUUACAGUGGGUUGGAACGUUUCUGCAUAACUACGUCCCAUUAAUCAAUUUUCAUUUGAUUUAUUUUUCCGACCCAAAUAUCGACCAAUAGAAUUGCACCAUUCGACGUCACGUGGUACAACCUACAUGGUAUUCACUGACCUCUAUAUAUAACACUGGACAGGCUGUUCCGUACGUUUGACAGCAUUUUUUUUGUGCCCAUUUGAAGCGCCAAUAUCGUCUAAGCGAGUGUCCACAGAACUAAUUUUGACGUAUAAUUUCAAAAGGCUGUGAGAGAAGUGUUUGUUCAUUGGUUCACUGUAAAAUAAUUUUAGUACCACGGACACUCGCUACGUCUAACAGCGCCAAAAUGGCGAUUAUCAAACGGGCACAAAAGCACGUUGACAACAGCCUGUCCAGUGUUAUAUAUAGAGGUCAGUGAUGGUAUUAUAAGUGAAUAUAUCUAUGUGUAGUUGUCGGUGUUCAAUAUUUCGCAAUUAUUUAUUUUAUAUCUUUAAAUGAAAAUGAAUUCCAAAAUUUUCUAUCUCUCUACAUUCCUUUAUGUGUAUAUAAUUUAAUAUGUAUAAGUUAAGUUGACACUAAUUAAUUCAUUACUUAAAUUUAAUAAAAAAUAUAUUUUAAUCGCGAAGUGAUAUUAACAAAACGUCGUAUUGUUCUACGUAUGCCGUUUGUGCCAAACUGCUGAAACUAUUCUUUGGUAUCAGUGGGGGUAAGGAGAGAUCCGCGAGAUUAUAUUUUUAUAAAUGAUUAAUUGUUAUGUUUCGGAUUUUAAUUAGAAGUUCCAGUUUUGAAUAUUGAAAAUCGAUAAGAGCUUUAAAAUAAUAAUCAAUUUAUUUUCUAUACCGAUAUUGUUGGUUAUGUAUGCUCGAUAAUUUUCUCGAAAAAUGAAUUAAAUAUUUUUUACACUUUCGGAUUAUUUUACAAUUUAUACUUUUACACAUAUUUUGUCUUGCCUUAUUUAAAUUUUAAUCAACUUGUACAUUCCAAAUCUUUUUUCAUUGUAUUUUUAAAUGAAUUUAUUUCUUUAUAAUUAUGAUGCUAUAGAAAGGGUAUGAUUUAAGCUGUCACCAAUUUAAUUCAUUUUGUGUUUCUUAAAUAAUAGGGUUUGCCCUCAAAAUAGUAGAUUUGUCACCAAAAUGUAUCACCAAACAACAUAAAAUCAAUUCCACAAUAAAUUACCGAAAAUCAUGGAGAUACGGGGUCAAGUACCAAAUAAUUGGUUUUGUAUGUAUUAUAAUAGGUUUGUCCUAAUAGUAUUUAAGCAAACUAAUUUAAAGAGAUCACCAAUAAAUCAUAUAUUAUAUCACUAGAAAAUUUCAUGAAGGUCUAAAAAUGUAGGGUAGUCGUCAUCAUCCUUUGAACCAAAAGAGUCUACUACUUAACUGGCCAUGUGCCUCCCCCAAGGGUCUUAAUUUCCACAGGUAGUAUAAAUAUAUUUAAAUUAAAUUUCUAGCUGAAUAGUAAAUAAAACACUUAAUUAAAGUCAAAAUAAUCAAUAUUUAUUGUUAAAAAUAUCAAUCACUGAAUAAUCAGCGCUGGUUUGGAUUUUGAAGGGCGCCCCCUUUUUCUUUUCUGGCCAAUAAGUAAAUUUUUUGCUUCCGGUGGGGGACUAAUAAAAUGCACCCACAACAAUGAACGUAAUCUUGCAUCUCGCUGCCCGCGCAGCGCAUCGUACAACCAACCUACAACCCAUUCUUUGAGGCCCGAAACGCGCCAAUUUGUCUCCCUUCCCUUGCUCUUCCCUUUGAGCAUAUUUUCAUUAAAAUUAUAAACUGAUGUAUUAAAUUGGUAACGAAUACAUGAUUUUAAUAACUGAACGUAAUAAAAUGUAACUACUGUAUUGGUGACAAAAUAACAAAUAAAAAGGAGUCGCAGUCAGGGAUCGAUUAAUCGAUUUAUUUGGUGACAGAUCUACCAUUCUGAGCACUAAGCUAUUAUUUAAGUAAUAAAACUAUUAUUAUAAGAACGAAGUUUAUAUUCAUGUAAUGCACUACAAUUUUAUUGGUAAUCCAUCUCAUAUUUUACACAUUAUAUUGACAAUAAUUUGGUAAUUCAUACCUGGGAACACCUUUGUUUAUCUGAGAACGAAAAUAUUUCGUGGCGAUAGAUCUAUUUAUUAGGUGAUACAACUUGAUGACAAAUAUAAAUUUUGGUGACAAAAAAUAUAGUUCCCCUAUAGAAAUGUAUUAUGUACUUGCAAGAACAUAUUUUUCUAAACAGAUAUUUUAACAUAUUUGUUAAACUAUUUAUUUUUGAAAAUCAAUUUUAGUACUUCUGCUAAGUAUAAUAUUUUACAAAAGGGCCGCAAAAACAUGACGUUCCUACAACGGUUGUGGAAAAUUGCAAUUAUUUAAUCAUAAAAUCGUGUCGAAAAUAACAUAUUUUUAUUCGCUUUACUUGAUGUAAAUAUGUAUUUAGGAAAUCAUCAUAAUAGACUUUAAAGCUUUUGUGUAAAGUCGAUAUUUGCUUAAAUGUACUUAAUAUAAGAGGUCACCAAUUUUACUCGUUCGAAAAAUGUACCCAAUUUUUGUGCUCGAAAGUGUAACCUCUAAUCAGAAAGAUAAAUGUUUGUAUACGUUUUUUAGAUAUCGCUAACUGUUGUCUGUGGUCAAACUUCGAUGUUCAUAGUUACGGAGGUCAAUGACCUCGCUUUUCAAGAGAUUAUGAUCAGUAGGUAUUUGAGUAGACUGGCCAUUGGGCAUAUCUAUGCUAUAUGUAAUGUCAUAUCAAACUGGCUAUAUAAUUAGUCUGAACUCUAAAGUACCUACUUAUCAAUAUAAUUAUUAAGUCUCCGCGAGAUUGUUAACUACGCUUUGGUAAACAAUACAUUAGGACUGAAGUUCAAUUAUGUAUAUUUCUUGAAAUAUUAUUUUCACUUCUAGUUUAGUUACUUACCUCUCUUAUUUAUCUUUUAAGCUUCAAAGUAAAUAGUCUUCUAUAUAGUGUUAACGCCUACUAGAAAAUCCAGGAAUUUAAAUUGUUUUAAAGUUUUAUUUUCAUUUUGGUGACAAAACGAUACAAAUUAUGAAUCGAUGUGAUAUGAUACGUAUGUAUACAAAUUUUACUGCAAAUGAUAAUUAUUUAAUCAUAGAUUAAAUAAAUACGUUGAUGUUUUACAAA